AUGGCCUCCACUAGCAAAGCCUCGAUCGCGCAACCGCCUCCUCCCUUGUUGAAGCCCAAGUCGAUCAUUCCCAACGCCCCCGCGGUCGUGCCUUCGUUCGAGUCGCUGCCGGUGAACAAAUCCCAAGUCGAAAAGGCGCUGACCGCACUCCUGGCCCAUCUCGAGAAAGCAAAGUCAACGUCGUCAUUCGAUCUCCUGCAGGAUGAGCAGCACAAGCUCUCCCUCGUUGUUGGGUUGAAGAAGGUGCCCAAGCGACCCGUUCACAAGCCGAUCCGAUUGUUAGUUUCCGACCCCCAAGAUUCCUUCCAAGUUUCCUUCUCGCCUCGGAGCUUCGAGCUCCAAGCUCCUCCCCUUUUACUUCGUACUUGAUCCCUGACCCCACUUCGCCGCUUGAUCAACAGACCGUUGAAGCAUGCGUUGAUAAACCCCAAGGAAUCGCCCGUGACCUUGUUCGUCAAGGACCCGCAGCGACAGUACAAAGAUCUGCUCGACACGUCCGAUAUCAACUUCAUCUCGCGUGUCGUCGGGCUCGACAAGUUGCGCAACAAGCACAAGACGUUCGAGGCCAAGCGGGCCCUGUUGAAGGAAGCCGAAUUGUUCCUCGUCGAUGACCGGGUCGUCAUUGAGGUCGGGAAAGCGAUCGGCAAAAUGUUCCGAGAGGCGAACAAGUGAGCUUUUCUGCCUGGCCUGGAGUGGUACCGCUACGAUUUCGUCUUACUUACCAAUCCAAUUCCUAACAAUCCAAUAACUUCCUUCAAGACAACCCGUCCCCAUCACCAUCACCCGCAAAGACCUCAAGGCUGAGCUCGAGCGAGCCGUUUCUGCGACCUAUGUCCAGGUGAACACCGGCACGACUUUGUCAGUUCUUUGCCUGCACGAUCAGCAGUUUCACUUGCUUGAGCAUCCCCUCCUAAAUUCGUUUUUCGUCGUUUCAGCUCUAUUAAAUUUGGUUCGACCGGCCUCCACACCCCCGAGCAACUGCUCGACAACCUGCUGUGCGUGAUCCCCCAACUCGCCGUCCGAUUACCGUUCCCCAACGACGGCUUCGACAUUAUCCAAACCCUGCACAUCAAGUCGACCCAUUCGACCGCGUUGCCGAUCUACAACGUCUCGUUGGACGAACAGGGGCGCUUCAAGGGCCCUUCGCAGGCCGAGAUCGAGGCCGUGCAGGCCAAGAAACAGGAGAAAGAACGGCUUGCUUUGGAGAAGCAGAAGAAGGAGAUGGAGAAGGAGAAGAGGAGGAUCGAGAGGAGUGCGACAAAGACUGGGAAAGGGAGAGCGGGCAAGAGGGACGCCGAUGCCGUUGCUGCUGCUGCUGCGGUUCAGGAGGUCGAACCCGUUCAAGCUGCUGAGGCUGAAGAGCCCAAGAAGAAGAAGAGCAAAAAGUCCAAGGACUGA